GCUGCGGGACUUCCUCCGUUCGCGGUAAAUGGCGCUAGUGGCGGGAAAGUUGAGUGUCUGGUUAGCCCAGCCUCCGGGGCGAUGUGUAGUGACUUUCGCAGGGCCGAGUCUGGGACGGAGGUGAGAGCCGCCGAGUCUGGGACGGGAGCGAGAGAGAGGAGAAGAGGGCGGUGGGCGGCCGAGGGAGCCGGGAGAGCGCGGGAGGCGGGGCGCGUGCCGGCGCGCGGGGCGCUCGGCGGAGGGAGGGCGAGCCGCCCUGGACUGCAGCCCCCCGGCCGACCCCCCCCGCCUUCGCACCCGGAGCCGGCCCCCGGUACCUGGGAGUUUUCUGAGAAGGGCAGGCUGACGCGCGCGCUUCGAGCGGAGGCGGAGGAAGGCACCCCCACCGCGUGCACAGAUAGGUGUGCAAUCCUGAUAUCUGCUCGCUAGGCUGACGGUCCGAGUCUGUCCCACGUUAACUGCGGUCAGAAAUGCUCCUUGGCCGACUUGAAGGUAGAAGUUCCUUGAAAGAAAUAGAACCAUAUCUGUUUGCUGAUGAAGAUUCAUCUGUACAUGGUGAUAUUCUUGAAUUUCAUGGUCCAGAGGGAACAGGAAAAACAGAAAUGCUUUAUCAUUUAACAGCACGAUGUAUACUCCCAAAAUCGGAAGGGGGACUGGAAGUAGAAGUCUUAUUUAUUGACACAGAUUAUCACUUUGAUAUGCUUCGGCUGGUUACAAUUCUCGAACAUAGACUAUCCCAGAGUUCUGAAGAAAUGGUAAAAUGCUGCCUCGGAAGGUUGCUUCUGGUGAACUGCAGUAGUAACACCCAGCUGCUCCUCACGCUGUACUCACUAGAAAGCAUGGUUUGCAGCCGCCCUUCCCUCUGCCUUCUGAUCUUGGAUAGCCUGUCCGCUUUUUACUGGAUAGACCGCGUCAGUGGAGGAGAAAGUGUUAACCUACAGGAGUAUACCCUGAAGAAAUGUGCUCAGUUCUUAGAGAAGCUCGUAAAUGAGUAUCGCUUGGUUCUUUUUGCAACAACACAAAGUAUAAUGCAGAAAACCUCAAACUGGACAGAAGGGCCUUCUUCUGCCUUGAACCAUCCGAGUGAGGCAGAUGCGGACUAUAGACCCUAUCUCUGUAAGGCAUGGCAACAAGUAGUAAGGCAUAGAAUAUUUUUCUCCAAACAAGAGGAUUUUAAAACCAGCAACCAGUUUUCUUUGGUUUCACGUCAUUUAAAAAGUAACAGUUUACAAAAGCAUAUUUUUAUUAUUGGAGAAAGUGGCAUUGAGUUUUGUUGAUAGUAUCAUAAAAUAGUGUUUUUCAGGAUAUUAUGCAAAAUUUUAAAAGUCCUUAAUGGGCUAAAAUGAUUUGAUUAUAAAGCUUUAAACUCUGGGAGAAUUAAUAUAAAUGUUUCUACACAGAAUGGAUUUUUUUUUUUUUUCCAGAACAGAUUUCUUACACUAGUACAGUAGAACUUUAUUCUCUUCUUAGGUUGUUGAAGAUAAAUCAAACUGGUGGUAAUAAUUAAACUGUAUAUUAAGCUUGUUUUAAAACUAAAUAAUCUACACAUUGCAGCCUAAAUAAAACGAACUUUUUUAUAACUUUGUGUCACAUUUCUGGAAUUUGGUUAAGUACUUAAUUGUUUAGGAAAGUUUAAAUGAAUUUCCGUUUUCUCAUAUGUAACUCCUUUAGGAAGCUGUGACUUUGGAAAGUGUUCUGUAGAGCGGUUGUUUCUGCAGAGGGGAUGAAAACAAGGAGCCUGCCCAUCUGCCUUUCACACGAAAGACUGGAAAGUCAGAGCAUUCUGAUCUGAGUUAGAAUGAGUCCAAGAUGGAGUUGCAUUCUGGUUGGGUCUUUGUAUCAUUUUUUUAACACAGGGAAGUAAUAUACCCGUUCAAGGAAUUCUGUGAAGAUUAUUUUGAAAUUUUCGUCUCCUCAUUAAGUGAUAGACACAUGCUAAAACUGUAUUAGAACUGUAAGUUACUAGUAUGUUCUUAGCCAUUUAGAAUAGUCCAGCCAUACCAUGAAAUGAAUCAAAUUAUUUCCAGCUGAGAGCUGGGCAAGGCUCUGUGUACUUUGGCCAAGGGGUGGCCCGGAUGGGGAGCAUGCACCUCGAGAGGUACGCAAGGUAAUGUAUUGUGGAGAGGAAGAAAAUCUCAGAACUUCUAUUUAUACAUUUUAAUCUAAGAAAAGAUGAAAUUGCAUCAGUAUUUGAUAUUCAGUUGACUCUGGUGCACUCGUUGAUCCGUGUGUCGGGUCGUCAUCUGUCGCAUUCAUAUCUGAAGUAUCCUGUGGGGAAAGUGGAAAGAAUUGACUGUGAUGUUUUUGUGUUCAUAUGUUCAUUCAUAUAUUACCAAUUUAGUUAAAACUAACUGUAUUAACCUACCUAACAAAGAUUCUUUUUAAGGGCUUAGAAAGGAUCCUGCAAAGAAAUUAAGAUUGAAGUUAAUAUUCUUCAUAAUGCAGGGACAGCAGAGGUGGCAUAUGCUAUCUGUGCCCUGCUCACGGACCCUGUGCCGCCUCUAGCUUACCUGCAGUUUCCAAAACCCACGGGCUUCUGGAGGUGUCUG